AGUACCAAUAUUUUAUUUUAGAAAUGACUGUAUUAUUAAUGUUACAUGAUGUAAACAAUCAAGUUCAAGCAUGAUUUUGGACGCGGUUAUUGCCGCUCUGGUCAGUCAGAGGUUAACUGGUGGUUGGUCAGGCGCGCGGCUGAUGGAGCGCGCAGAGAUGCGCUGGCGCUCGUAGAGAAUACCGCGCGCUUGUGGACGAGUUUUCCCCGGUGCUCCCGCCAGCAGCUGAGUGUUUACCCGCUGAUCUGCGCCCAAACUUUACAUCACGGACGUCAUGACAGAAUGGAAUCGAUUCUCCUCUGACGGCCUGUGAACCAAUCCGGUGUGAGCUUCACACACUUCUGCAGACUUUCCGUUGAGUUUUGGAGGUUUGCAUGGCAGGUUUCUUGUGUUGUGACUCAAGAGCAGGUGUUAAUGGUCAGGGAUGCGGUAGAGGGAAGUUCCUUGGCACGGGAUCCCCAAAGACGACAUACAUCUACAGAGACGUCCCGUGCCUUUAUUCGUCUGGAUCUGGCCUGCAGACCACGAGGCAGUAGACAUCUGGGCAGCCCGCAAAAUUCCCAAGUGGAUCGAUCCAUCUGUUCGGCCUGGGUCUGAUAACAAAAGAAACGUAGAAUUGGAGUGCCGAGACUGGGGGCUGCACUCUCUCUUUCUCUCUUUAUCUCUUUCUCUCUCUCUCUCUCUUUUUUUCUACCCCUCUCUCUAUCUCUCUCUCUCUCCUCGCAUGAGUGCUCGGUCUAAACGUGCAGCACAGGAACUGCAGCGGCAGAUAUGAACCUCUCAGACUUCACAAGCAUGUAGAAGUUCAAGAUGAUGGAUGAUCAUUCAAUCAUCAGGCAAUGAAGAGAUAAGAGAGAGGGAAAUAAUCCUGUUUCCAGAGGCCUAUUGAUUCUGACUGGAACAUGAUGUGUAGAUGUCACAGCUUGUGCAGAUAAGGACCAAUAUGCUGAACUAGCCACAUCGGCAUCAUGACUGAAGAGACUAAACAGUCCUUGGCUGCCAAAGAGCUGGAUAAUGAGUCCAAACAGCAAGCUAAGACUGCUGUUGAGCACAAAAGCUUAAAAGAGUCCCCCGAGCACUUUCAAAAUGUGAGUCUGGAGCCACAGGCAGUGAACAGUCUUGCUAAGUUUGCAGAAAAAGAGAGGGACAACACGCAACAACGCGAGGCUGUUAUUCGGCCACAGCAGGCUGGGAAGAUUGAUUUUAAGUCACUGCAGAAUCAUUCGUUCAAUAGCAACAGGACGUGGCCUAGCGGCAAGGACAGCCCUCAGUCUCCAAGUGGCAAAAGUCGAAAUAGAGAUAAGAGUAGAAAGUCGGGAAAAGGAGAGCGUAGCAACCCACAGCAGCUUUACAGACUGAGUAUUACUAAUGCACGCCCAAAUCCCACAAUCGGGAUAGCCUAUCCCCAACAGAAAGUCUCACCUCCGAAAAAGAUCGAGUCCAGCAGGGGCCCUGUCUCAGGCAGCUACAGGUUUCAUGUGCCAAGUAUUCCCGAGCGAGAGGCAGAGCUGCAGCAGGAGGACCUUCAGUUCAGAUGUUUCCAGGAGGGGUCCCCCAACCUUCCUUCUCAAAGCUAUACCUCACAGGCAGUUGGCUCCACCACUGGGGGACCUACUCACCAGAAUCCAUCAUCCACCCCACAGCAACACCAACAGAAACCCAGCCCAAUCGAGAACAGCACACAACCUGGGAAUGAAAGUUUAUUCCCUGACUUUCUAAGUGAAACAGACACAUGGCAAUCUCCAGAUAGGACUUUUAGAAACACUAAUUUUGGAGCAACUUUACAAAAGCCAAACAAUCUUAUGGACUUAAACAAGGCCAAUGGUGGUUUUAUGCCUUUGCCAUUUCAUUAUGGAUACCCAUUGUUAGAAGAGUCAGCCUCAGACUCUUUUUCCUGUGAUCAAAAUACCCAGCCUCAGGACUACACUGAUGUUUCUCUAACCCCUAACCAGGUUUCCCAUUCUUUUUCCUUCAAGUCCUCUGCAGAGGGUCUGGAGGUCAUGCAAGCUAGCACACAGUUUGGUAAUGACCCAGUAGAGGACAGACAAUUAUACACAUCACAUACUAAACCACCCCAGUACAUGCAGAGCACACAUGGUGUGUCACCUUCUCUCCCCACCAAUGACGAGAGCUCAGUUUCAUGUAAUCGUCAAUCAGAUCAGACCAAGAGUGUUCCAGAUAAAUUAGAUUCUUUUAAUAUGUCAGACAGUCGAGACACAGACCUUGCAGUAAGUGGUAAAAUAGGCUGCCAUCAUAAAAAUGGCACCACCAACCAAAGAGUUCUUAUACAAGGUAGUGUUCAUCACAUUAGAAAUAUUGCACAAGGGUCUAGUUCCCAGUUACAUGUCAUCAGUCCUCCACAUAAUGGUGUUCAAAUUGGUUCAGUGCCUCUUGACAAAAGUGUCAGUAAACCCCACAGCAAGGUUUCACACCCAUGGGAGGGACAAAACAAAUCCUUUCCACCACCACUCAUAGACCCCAACUCUAUACCCUACCCUUAUCAUUACCAACCUUCACCAGAACAAAGACAAAGCACUGGCAUUAAUGGCCGUAUGCCAUGGCAGCAAAUACACUUUACAACUGCCUUGCCUAACCAAAACAGGAUCGAUCUUUCCAGGCAAAUGAGCAAUCAGCAGCUCACAUUUUUGAUAGGCUCAUCAGACUGGCAAGAUGACAGUAAGCCACACAAAAGCAGCAACCAAAAAGGUUCUAACAACAUUAUUAACAAAAAGACAAAUGAGGGCUUCUCAAACCAAAGGCAAGACAGUGUCAAGCAAAGUUGCAACACAAUUCCACCCAGUCAUUUUACAAAUAAGGUUGAAACAAAUCAAGGUCAGGUGGGUGAUGCCAAGAAUAAGUCAUUAUAUUUUGGUAGUAAUCACUCAAUACCUGUGACAUCAAGAAUCUGUAGCUACCCUCCAUUACACGUAGCACCAGUAGGGCUGAGGAUGGUAUCCCCAUAUGACUCCCCUUCACAUUCUCCUACUCAAAAUCCAACCUCUAGCAGUACAUGUUCUUCACUCUCCCCAACUUCCACAAACUCUGUCAGCAGUAAUCCUGAAGACAAUCAAAAGGUUUUAUCACCUCAGUUUUAUCACCAGCAACACGAUAAAGCACUGAUAUCAUCCAGUAACCUGAACACCAGCCAGCAUCAUUACCAUUCAGAAGCUUCCACAGGCCUGCACUACAAACAAGAAAGAACCAAAGAGAACAUCUUCAUACCAAAUAGCCGACACUCAAAGGUCAGCAUGGAUAAUGGAAAGGGCUGUUUAGACACCUACAGAACAGACCAUUAUCCCCCACCUCCAUACUCUGCUCACCAACUACUCAACACGUCAUUAGCAAACCUUGACCAACUGGAUGUGCUUUUGACAUGUAAGCAAUGUGAUCAGAAUUUCAACAACCUUGCAUCUUUUCUUGACCAUAAGCAAUACUGUGGACAGCAUACGUUUGCACAAAAUGACCUAAAAGAUGUGCAAAAAGUGGAGGACACAAAGAAAUUUCAGACAGACCACACAAAAGCUAUAUCAUCUGGAUCUAGUUAUGCAAUUUUACGGAGUUCUUCAGAUUUGCAUCUGUCUCUGCUUGGACUGAACAAGAAUGGGGAAAUAGUGCCAGAUCAUGAAACAAAAGGAGAUAUAAAAGAUGAUCCAAUGAAACUGAUGCUACCAUCUGCACCUCUGCCUGAUUUAGAGAUGGAAGAUCCUAAACUGGAUAGCCUUAUAACAGAGGCUUUAAAUGGGCUAGCUUAUCAGUCAGACAAUGCAGAGAUUGAUAGCAGCUUUAUUGAUGCAUUUGUUGAUGAUGACCUCACCACUACCAAAUGCACAUCAACAAGACAGACUCUGACAUCCAAAGACUCCACAGUGUUUGAUGGGAGAACAAACAAUGAAUUAACAUCCAAAGGUCAUGACAAGUAUCCAUUUGAUUCAGACUUAAACAGCUUUGCUACUGACAGCAAACAAACAAAUAGUUUCAAAGAACACCAGCAAGAGUCAAUGCAAAAUAAGGACUGCCUUAAAAUGGAAACCUCUCCAUCCCAGUCACAAGAGUCCAGCAGACAAAUUGAGUGGGAAACAAAAAAGGCAGAACAAAAUGAACAGGGGAAUGACUAUGGAUCUAAUUACCUUUUAUCAAGCAAGUUCUCUGCAAGAUGUGGGCUUAAAAGCUUGCAAAGCAGCACAGCAUUGGUUAAAACAGCAUGUCCCAGAUCCACCUCUGCCACCAAAAGCCCGACCGCUCUCAAACCAACAGCAACUGAUGGAAAACGGAAAAGAAGUAGUGGUGGAAGCUGGAGCAAAGAACUUAUUCACAAAAUUGUUCAACAAAAGAACAAGUUGCACAAGCUACAUGUGAAGGGCACUAAAAACAUGCAAUUUUCACUUGUGAUGGAAAGAGUGACUCCUGCAGUUCAAACCCCCACUUUCCGGGAGUAUGACUAUGUUUCAGACUCCGAUGAGGAGUGUGAGCCUGUGAAAAUUGCCAGUCAGGGGCGCCUUAGUCAAAGUAUUCGCUGCAAGUACACCUACACUAAAGAGUGCAAGGGAAGGAUUCGUGCCGACAGGAGCCGCGAAAAUCAAUGGAAACAAAACAAAAAUGAGUGCUUUGAAGCUAAGAAAGCUCUGGAAACCUCUCCACUGAUGCAAGAAACUCCUGGUCACCAGAGGCUUCGAAGACGGAGCAGUAGGUCUUCUACAAGCAGUGAACUGAGCACAUCUAUAAGUAUCUGCAGUGAUAGCAUGAGCAGCCCUAAAAGUACUGAUCAUACAGAUUCAGACUCUGAGAAAAGAAUGGAAGUACAGAGGAAAGAUCAAAACUGUCUUCAGCACAAUGGGUUUGAGGAAUCUCCACCAAGAAUACGGAAAGAGUCUAGCACAUCACUGGCUUUGACCUUCACCAAAAAUACCAAGAGGUACAGCACUGAUAAAAUAUUACUCACUGAACACAAGGACAGUUUCACUACUUCAAAAUGUUCAAGCAUUAUCUGUAAAACUGAAGAGACUGCAUCUGAACGUACAUUGACCAAAAGCACUGUCAGCCUUGCAAGAUUCAAAACGACCACAGUGGAAAUAGAGGAAAAAGGGGACCACUAUGGAUUUGAAACAGGAAUUCUUUCCACCACAGAAGAGCCUUUUCAAAAAGAUUAUCCAAAAAAUAUCACAUCACCCAGAGGAUCUGGUGUAACACUGAAUCCAAUAGAAACCACCAACAACACAGAAUCUAGCCAUGUUUUCAAACUCAAAAAAGAUGUUGCUACAUCAAAGGAUAAAUCCCACAAAAAGAAAACAAACUGUUCUGAAUCCUCAGGAGCUAUUUUUGACAAAAGUAGCAAUGACAAUUCAUCUAGUGAAGAAGCCAAGAGAAUCUCAGAUGAUCCAUUCUCUGAACCCCCAACUCUUUGCAGUUCACUCGUUGACAACAUCUGUUUAUCACCUUCUAAAAUCCAUGAUGAUUCAACACAGAAGGAUGUGCAUUUUCUAAUGCCUUUAGAUCAUGAACAAAGUCUUAUGAAGUCACCACUUUCUUUUGACACAACAUCCAUGUUCGGUGACCUUUCAGUUGGAGGUUUUGAGAACAAUCUUUAUCCAGAUAUUCAGCUUGCCAAAGAGAGCUAUAGUCCUUCGGAAACCACAGCAGAUAAGAAGGAACUGUUUGAAUCAUCAUUCUCACCAUUCUUGGAGCGAAGAGACUGCUAUCUGAUGGUUGAUGUUACUCCUGUGCUACCAGAGGAGAUUUCUGAGUACAAAGAUGACUCAGACUCAAAUGAGAAUAAGACCAAUUUUAACCACAUGCAAUUUUCUUUGCCAGAGAAAUUAAUGGACUACAAUCAAACUCUCAACAGCAGUGUGUCGGUUGAUGAUCUGGAAAUAAAAAGGAUUGUUACAGAGCUUGAGAGUCAGCUCCAAACAGCCAAGCUGAGCAGCCCUCCACCAUUGGACAGUGAGCUACCUAAACAGUUGACCAUGAGCAAAUUCUCUCCACUGAGACUCGACCUUGAAAGUGAAGAUGAAAACAGCAGCUUGGAGAUGAAUUGUUCUUCAGAGAAUUUACCAACUGCUGCAACUGUAGAUUCUCAUUCAUCACUGUUCCCAGAUCCAGAUUUGCCGUGGACCAGCCCUAUCCAGUUUGGAUUAAUGUGUGGACAGCAAGGCCUUCAUACUCCAACUCAUUCAUCUGCUAUCAACACACCAAUUGAUUCAGGACACAGUGAUUUGGAUUUAAAAGACAGCACGAAUCUCACAGAUUCAAACUUAGAAAAAUGUACAGCUCCUCAUACAGUAGAGGACAAAACUGAGAACAAGUUCUUGGACCUUUCUACAAGCAAGUCAGAAGAGAUGCUAGAAGAUGAAAUGUACACAGAAAAUCUGAUGAAAAGCCUGGAAGUGAUCUCAGAUUCUUUAUCCUCAGGAUUUACAUCACCUCAUUUAUCUCCAAAUCAAGAGUCUGGGGUUCUAAUGGAAAAUGAAAAACAAGACAGUGAACCUUCAGAAUGCACUGAUGAAUCUGAAAAAGUGGAAACAAGGAACUCAGAAGCAAAGCUGACAACUUUCUCAACAUUUUCAGGCAAACCAGAAGAGUCACCAACCAGUGAUGCUGCUGGAUCAAAAUCAGACAAUGAAACAAAAGCCAGACUUGAUGAGAGUAGUGCUGUCACUCUUCAUAAUGAAGAAUUAGUAGUUAAUGAACAACAGCUUGCUAAGAGCUCCUUCGAGAGUCUUCAAACUAAAUGCUUUGUGGGCUCAUCAAACGAAAUUGACACUGAGAAGUCUGUAGCCUUCAUUUAUAAACACAACGAUUGUGAGUCUUCUAUCAGUCAAACUGAGAAAGCAGAGAGUGAAACACAGUUUGAUGUAGAAGAGCCCAUUGAUUUUACACAAAGACUCCUCCCAACAUCCAAACUUUCAACAUCCCAAGCCAUACCAGAAGAUGAAAACAUCAUGUGUUUUGAAGGAGGACAAAAACAUGAUGCUGAAAAGUCAGAUCUAGUACAAAAACCUGUCUCUGGAGGGAAUGAACAUACAUCUGACAUAAUAGGGGAAACAACAGACAUUCCCAUUGAUUUAAACAUCCAGUUAUCUCCUUGCAGUGAAGGCCAUUUGUCAACACAUUCACAAAACAGUGGAUUUUGUGAAAUAAAUACAAAACAGGUGGCUUCUCCUAAACAUCUUUCUGUGGUCCAAGAUAAUCAUGACUGUACAAGCAGUGUGCAAAGCGCCACGUCUGAUAUCACAUUGUUUCCAGUGCAAUCAUGUGAAGAGAUUAAACAAAAGAAUGAAGAACAGAGUCCUGUAACCAUGAAUCAGCUCCCAGAGUUUUCUUGCGAUUCUGUCCAAAACUCUUCUGAGACAAGAGGUAAAACUUCACUUCCAGGUGGUUUGAAUGAUUUUAGCACAAUUGGCCCUGAACUAAGUGAAAACAGACCAACAGUAGAAAACAAAAUCUCAGAAAACAUGAAUAUUGACAGGUCAGUAUCAGUAGAUACGUUGGAUUCCCAAGAAACAGGGUUUAUGCCCCAUUUUGUAGAAAUCACUGAAAGUAAAAUGUCUAGCCCUGGAACACUGUUGGCUGUGGACAGCAUCUCAAAACACUCUUUAAGUGAUAAUUCUGUGCAUUCUAAGGUAUUGGAUGGAUCUCAAGAUAAAUGUGCAUUGUAUAGUUUGAAACUAAGUCCUCUGAAUUACAGCGAAACAUGUUUCAACAACUACAACUUCACCCCUGAAUGUCUAAACAAAGGAGAUGACCAGUCAGAUAUAAAACCAAGCUCCACAGAAAAUUUCAUUCUCAAUGCCUGUGCUCUCUCUCUUGAAAAACCAUUGCCAUCUAGCCCACCUUACAAUCCAAAUGAACACGAGCCAAAUAUUCAAGGCCACCUGAUUGGACUUGACAUACCUGAUAUCUCUAUUAAUGACAAUAUCAAUCACAAUGACAGUAAAUAUUCAUGUAUUCCAGCUUCCUGCAGUAGCUUUGUUGAUGAAGUCAAUCCAGUUGACCAUGCAGAGCACACAAAUCUUCAUCAAAAUGACCUAAUUGGUAGCCAUGUUUCACUUGAAACAGUUGAUUUUUUAGAUAUGCACCUAAGCCUUUUGAAGAAAGCAGAAUAUGAAAAGCUGGACAAUCAGAUGAUCCCCAAUGAUCAUGAUGCAUUAUUGAGAUCUACUAUGCUGGAUAAGGAGACUAAACCAACAUGCACUGAUCUUUCAUGCCCACCUGUUCAAGAUAAAGGACAAUGUUUAAAGCAAACCGAGACACAAACCUCACCUAAAAAGGGCAGUACACAGAAUGCAGUUCAAGGAAAAUUUCAAUGUGAAAUAUGUGCAAUGUUCUUCCGUACUCUACCUGGACUUAAAAGACACAAAGCCAUGAAGCAUGUAGUGAAGACAGAAGGGGCUUCACCCACUGAAAAUAUAAAUAUGAGCAAUGAUGUAUUCAUGCCUAUAUACACACACCCAAUGGAUAAGGUGCAAACAGAGAGCAUAGAUGUUAUGGGUUCAGCAGCUCUCCAGAAUCCAAAUAUAAGUAAAAUCUCAGUUGGACAAGGACAGCAUGUAGAUCCACCUUUGUUGUUUGAAGGAAUUACAAGUGAUGUUGGUAUGUCAAACAUCCCAGGAAAUCAUGAUCUAAAUCAGGCAACCACUGUAAAUGAAAAAGCAACUAAUAGUAACACAGCUAAGAAUAACAAUAUGGACAUCAGCAGUGAAAUGUUUGCUUCAAAAAUGGUAAAGCAAGACACAUUUUCAGAUGAAAUGCUUAAUAUACUUAAAACAGAUAUAUUGCAGGCUAUCACUCCAAAUUUCCCCUCAAUGGUGCAACAAAACUGUCCAACGUUACUUGAAAAGCAGAGCCUAAACAGCAGUCACAGGUAUCAGGAAGUCAAAGUGAACGAAGAAAAGACAGGCAUGAAACCUGUCAGCACCAAAGAGCAAAAGGAUGAAUCUACAAAUUUGAUUAAGAAAGGAGCUGUAUAUGAUGAUGAAGAUGAUGAUGUUGUGACAACAUAUUGUGAUAUUAAUACUAAAAAUGUUCACUCAGAAGCUAUCCAUUAUCCAUCUGAGGAUUCAGUCAAUAUUAAGUGUGAGAACACCUGUUCUAGAGAGGACAACGACACACUUAUUGGUACUUCAGUACUUGAACCUGAUCUAAAGACUUUCUUUGAUGAUGAGAGCACAUUUUCUCAAUUAUUCCCUAGAAAUGAUGACAGGAAAAGGAAGAAAUGUGCAAGAGUCUAUGGCAAAAGUAACAAAAAGCAAAAACAACUAUCCUGUUUAGCUUCAGACUAUCAUCCCACUAAUGUCUUUACUGAUAAAUGUGAGGAGUCUAAAGAGAACAAGAUGGGCCAAAUUUUUUCCAACAAUACAAAUGAUCACUGUGAAUAUGAAACCAUAUCAAUUGAUGAUGCCAACAUGCUCGAGAUGUGUCACAAAAGCUCAUCGCAAAGUUUAACAGAGAGCCCUAGUCACUCAAAAGAUGACCUAAUAGAUCAUCAGGCUAGCUAUGAGGAAAAUCCAGAAAUUAGAGAUUUCCUAUGUGAGACUGAUGACAUAAUUAAACCCAUACUGCCUGAGGAUGAAUCAGAAGGUAAAGUCAUUGAGAACACACUGUCAUCUGUUCCUCAACAAGACUGUAAACCAGAAGUUUCUUCUACGGCUUGCCCUCUCCAACUUGUCUGUGCCCAAGAAAAUGCCUCUCACUCCCCGAACAUCGAGAUCCCGAACAUCAAUGAUGCUACAGCUGUAAUUCAGCUUCCUGUACCAUUUCUUGACCCUGGGAGAGAAAUGCCAUUAGUUGAGACUAUUCCAAGUGCUGAGUUGAUAGACCCUGCACAACCCGAGCAAAAGCCUAUUGAGCGAAAGUGCAGGAAACGCAGUGAACCUGGACUGAAACCGAAGGAUAAGCAGUAUAAAUGCAAAGUCUGUUUCACAUGGUUUCUCACCUUAGGUGAGCUGGAUUUUCACAAGCUUUCUCACAAUCCAUCGCCUCCCCCAACGUGCUAUAUGUGCGUCCAGCGGAAAUUUAGCUCCCGUGAACAACUUCGGGACCAUCUCAGGGAGAAACAUGCCAAGAACAAAGCAGGUGUUUGGACUUGUGGAAUGUGCUUGAAAGAAAUCUCUGAUGUCUGGAUGUACAAUGAACAUCUGCGUGAGCAUGCCACACAAUUUGCACGAAGAGGGCAGUCACAGAGUUCCCUCCUAGACAUGCCAGGGUGUUUUAUGCAGGAAAAUGCAGUGAAGAAUUUUAUAUCUUCAAUAAUGCAACAUCGAUCCAGCAGACUUGCAAAAGCAGACAACUGUAAACAACCAUCUAAAGAGGAGAAAAGACAUUUCUUGGAUGUUAAUAACCAAGAGCCAAAGAAUACAGAGGAGCUUGACACCACAGCUCUAAAGAAUAAAUUAACUAUCGGGGUUGGAGGUAAACACUGCGCACUGACAACACUCGAGGUUUUACCAAAGACAGAGACCUCUUCAAAAAAUGUUGACAUGCAUCCUAAUUGCAAAGACCCUUCAAGGGAUUGUCACCACUGUGGCAAGCAGUUUCCAAAGCCUUUUAAGCUUCAGCGUCACUUGGUUGUUCACAGCUUGCAAAAGAUUUUCCUAUGUCACAAAUGUCCAGUGUCUUACCAGGAGGCCAAGGAGCUUAAAGAUCACCUGAAAAAUGAUCAUGAGGACACAGAUGAGCUAGACUCAAAGCACACUACACUGUAUACUUGUGAGCUUUGUGCUGAUGUCAUGCAUGUUAUCAAGAAGUCCUUUAUAUGCAGUACCUGCAACUACACCUUUUCCAAAAAGGAACAGUUCGAUCGCCACAUGGAGAAACACCUUGCUGGAGGGAACAAGAUAUUUAAAUUCAAGGGAGUUGUAAGACCAAGCAAGCCUUUUAGUUCAAGAGAUGAUAAACUGGACAUCCCACCAAGCAAGAAAAGAAAGACAACGGAAAGCAACUCAGACAAUGUUGUUGUUGGCUCAAUGGCACUCAAUUUAAACAAGAGUACUGAUGUGCAAGGUACAAAAUCAGUUUUACCCAUCAUAGAUGACCCUCCACAGCAUAGUUUUGAUGAGCUUUCUACCGAGAUAAAUACCAGUGUGAAAAUCGAAGAUGUUGCUGAUGACUUCCUUGAGGUUGCCAGGAAUAUUACACAGUGUCUUGUGCAGAAAGAUUCUACUGAACAGACGCUUUCCACAACCGAGCUAAAGGAAGAGGACAGUAACGACUCCGUUCAAGUAUGUGAGACAAGCAAGGUUGAUACAAUUGAUAAAGGAGCUCUGACAGAGAUUUGUGAUGUUAAAAUAGAAGAUGACUGUUGUGCAAUUCCAACAACAUUGUUGGUUUCAGAGAAUCACAUAAUUGAGAAAAAUAUCAAACACAACAAAGAGACAGUGGAGAAAAACUCAACGGUAAGCCUUGAAAAGACAACUGAAAAGAUGGAAAUACAUGAUCCAAUCUCCAGGCAAGCGAACAUAAUCCUGCCAAAUCAAGGCAUACAAGGACUCUCAUCUUGCAAUGACUUUGACCUCUCAUCUGUGAAGCAGUCUUCAAGUGAGACAAAGCAAUUAAAGCAAGAUGAAACAAUCAAAGAGUCAUCCUAUAAGAGAAAUGAGAACAAACAAGAUGUUCCCAAUGAACAGCAAACUAUCGGUCUGGUUAAGCACGUAACUGUAGUCAGGUUUGAGGACAAUCUGAAACAAAGUCUUGAAAAUAAUCCAAAGUGCCUUAGUACCACUGACGGUGCACUCAAUCAUUUUCGUCACACCAACAUCGCUCAAAGCUCAACUACGAGUGAAGACAAGGACUCGACCAAACACCAGAAGAGGAGGAAAGAAUUAAAGCCAUCCCCAACUGCAAGGGAAAAUCUUGGCAUUGACCCAAGGUUCAAAAAGAAGUUCAGACCCAACAGGUGUGAAAAUAUCGAUGGACAAAGAAAAACAGAUCAUCCCAAUGACUACCCAGUGCUUACAUCUGUAAAGGACGACACGGUCAGCAACAAAAUAAUCUCCAAGAACAAAAUGGCGUCUUCUAAUCUUCAAUUAAAGAAAAGUUCUGUAGAUAGUUUUUCACCUAAAAAGGUGGAGAUUGUACGUCACUUCAAUGGGGAUUACAAAAGCAAAAAGAACAUUUCUGGGAGACCCAUUCAUAGCACUUCUUCCAGAAUGUCCACCAUAAACAAUUCCGCAAAUAAAUCACGGCCCAAACCAGGGGUCAGAUCCAUCGAGACUCAGUCGUAUCGUACUGCAGAGUCCCAAAACAACCUCCUCAGUCAGCUGUUCGGCCAAAGACUGACUAGCUUUAAAAUUCCUUUAAGGAAGGACACUUCUGAAUCUAUUAAUUAAGGAUUUAAUGGAUGCUAUUAAUGAGGAGAUCAUAUUAAGUUAUCCACUAGGCAUGCGAUUGGGGCAGUUCAUUCAUGAGACUAGGAUUGUAUGGCCCUCCUCUGUGAAAUAAUUUAACUCCUUGUUUUGUCACUUUAUUGCAUUCCUCUUGUAAAUGUGUAUUUACAUAUAUGUGAAGACCAACAACAAAAUUUAUGAACAUAAUUUGUUGGUUACAAAUAAGUUUAUUUUCUCUAUUUUAUAGCUGAACAUUAUCUCUAAGAGACUUUAUUUCAUAACAGCAAAGAAAAGGAUGUUUGGAAAAAGUUUACUUGAAAAUGAACUGAGAAUAUUUGUUUUCCAAAUAAUGCAUGACACUUUUACAUUACACGAUGUUUUCCUAGCAACAGGACCAAAGGACAUCCUAAGUCUGGCUCAUGACAGUGUGCCUUUUUUAUACGCUUCAGAGAAAUACUCAUACUUUCAUAAUACUCUUUUACUUUACUGUAUUGCGGAGACACUCAUUAGUAUUAGCUUUUGUAUCAACACUAAUUGGUGCUAUAUAAUUUUAUUUUAUUAUUAUUUGUGUAAUGUGAACACAAUGUCUUAUAACUGAAGGGAACAUGUAGCAAUUAAUAAUCAAAUCAUUGCUGGUACUCAGCAGUUUUGGAGCAAAUGACAAAAAACAUUACUGUGUACAGGUCAAUUACAAGAAAUGGCUCAUUUGUGUCCUAAUUUGAGCUUUUCGGAGGAGGGCAGAGAAAUAGCCUUUUGUUUUACAAACUGCAUUUUGUUCGAUUUCAUCUAAAUAUGAACUCAGGUGCUAAGACAAUUAUUGCGCAUGAAACCCUUAGGAAUUUUUCCCAUGCACUGAUGUUUUCAUAUACAAACCCCACACAUGGUCAUCUAUGUCCCACAGCUUUUUUUAUAAUUCCUAUUUACAAGAACAAAAGGUGCUUUGUAUGUUUAUAUGUAUCGUAUAUUGUAUAAUAUUGUAGGUAGAUUAUUUUCCAGUGCAAUGACUCAAAGAUCUAUUUUAAUAAUGUGCAAAAGAUGAAGAGUAAAGAUAGGAAAAUUUUGAGUCUAUACUGAAGGCUCCUGAGUGGAUUACAAGUGCAUCAUAUAAAUUUGGUUAUUAAAUUUUUUGCAUUGA